AUGAAUAACGGAAUGUUCAACGCUGCUCCAGAGUCACAGCCCAUUGACAUAUCGUACCAGAGACGUGGCUCAGCAUUUGGCCAGCUGCAUCCGCAGCAGGCACACCUUCAGCAGUCGGUCAACGGACGCUCUAACUUUAGAAGGGACUCCGUAGCGCAUUCACAAGGUGUCGGUGGUAUAUCGUGGGGCUCCGUCACCAUAGGCUCGUGGUUGAAGGAUGAGGUGCUGAUGCAAAACCAACUGAACUUGCAGAACCAAAAUUACCAACAAUCCAUGUCUCCUCCUUUACAGGCCUCAUAUCUCCCUGAUUUAGAGGCAAACUACUGUAAGGACUACUCCUGUUGUGGACAGUUGCUCCCGACGUUGCACGAUUUGCUCAAGCAUUACGAAGAAUCGCACAUCUCUCCAACGCCACCAACGCAUCAACCGAAACCCAUACAAAACUUUGAUACUGUAUCGACGACUGAUGUGUUUAUUCACAACAACAUUAACAACCAGAUGGGUAUUCAACAGCAGAUGCGUCAACAACAGCUUCAACCGCAGCAUAAUCAACAAAACCAGCAGCAUCAGAUACAGAGCCAAUUGCAUGGUCAGCAGCAGGUACAACAUCAUCAUCACCACCACCAUCACCAGCAGCAGCAACGUAUACAACAGCAGCAACAGCUUCAACAGCAGCGUAGUCAAUUUGGUUUCACGCAGCCGUCCUUUGAUAAUCAGCAGAUGAACCAGAUCCGUGACUCGUUAUCGCACCAGGGAGGGUUAGCUGAGAUCCCAGAACAGUCGAGGCUAGGUCCAGGUCAACAGCUCAAUAAUAGUCAAUUCGACAUUUCAGUGGGCAAUGAUUCACAAUUUGCACAACAUUCUCAACAACAAUCAGCGCCAUUCCCAAUGUCGUUGGAUAACGACGAUUCUGCGAUGGAUCUAGAUGACGAGCAGGAGGAGCAGUUCAUAGACGAUCCCUCACGGAACUUGUACGUUGCACAAGGCUCUGAAAAGCCGUUCACGUGUCCUGUUAUAGGUUGUAAUAAGACUUAUAAGAACCAAAACGGGUUGAAAUAUCACAGAAUUCAUGGACAUCAAAACCAGAAAUUACACUUGAAUCCAGAUGGCACCUACUCCAUAAUAGAUCCAAAUGAUGGAGCCGGGUUGGAGCAGGAUAAGCCUUACAGAUGUGAAGUUUGUGGUAAGAGGUAUAAGAACCUGAACGGAUUGAAGUAUCAUAGAGGUCACACCACGCAUUGA